AUGAAUUUUUCUGCUGUUGAACCCCAAACUGCUCAGGCUGCUUCUUCAGGAACUACUCUUUUACCACAAUUCAGGGCUUCAUCCUGGCAGACAGGUAUGCAUUCUUCAGCAACAACUGAGCUGUUUGUUACUGGAUCUUUGCCAACCACUGGAACACUUCCACCAUCUGCCCUCUCUGCUUAUCAGCAGCCCACCACCUUCAGCAACAGAAAUUUUGCUACCACUUCACCUUUGGUGCUUCAGGACUCAACUUUUAACACUACGUCAAAUGGAAUUUUAAAUUCUCAUGAUCCUUUGCUACCAAUCAAGACAUCCCAGGGAACUGUUUCAACUGCUUUGGCAUUUGAGCGCCUGGGCAGUUCUGCAUUAAGUAACAGCAUACCACCUCAGUCUUCAACAUACCGCUCAGCUCAAGAGUCUGCACCCCAUCUUUUACAACCUCAGUUUAGUUUGUUGCCUUCUGCACUUGGAGGACCCCAACAAACUCCUCAAGCCUACAGUUCAACACUCUUUUCUAGUUCUACUGCUUCCAUUGAAAGAGCUCUUCUUCGAGAAUGUAGUGUAAUUAAACACCAUCAGCGGCCUUUAGGUACCCAGUCUAUUCAGGCACAACUGACUGGUUCACAGAAUUCCUUACAUAGUUACCUAUCAAAUGCAAGUGUAGUUAAUUUUCAGGAAACAACCAGGCAGUCCUCUUUAUCCUGUAGCUCUAUUGGAGAUUCUACUCAGGUGAGCAAUGGAGGAUUGCAACAGAAGACCUCCCAGGUUUCAGUUGAACUUGCUCAAUCUUACUCAUCUACAAUUCCAUCACCAGGGUAUCCUCCUACUACAAAAGUAAAAAACUGUACUUUAAAACAACCUCCAAGAUCAACUAAGACCCCCAAACCUCAAAGUAUAAUUCCUCCUUUGCAAACACUAAACUAUUCCAAACACUUACAUAACCAGAGUUCUGUGAUACCGGGUCAAGCACAAAUUUAUUCUACAGCGCAGCUACCAAGCCUUUUAUCAGUUAGUCAAUCCCAAAAUUAUGGUGUUGUACAACCACAUAAUGUGCCAUCUAUUGUUCAUUCACAGGUUUAUAGGUCUAGCAAGGUUGAAAAGUUGCCAUCUUUAUAUAAAACACUGAAUUUUUCUGGAUCAUCACAAAGUGCUUCUGAAAAUCAGACACUUAGUUACUCUUCUAAUCAGCAACAAGUAUUAUCUUCUGUUACAAGUGAGAACUACCCUGCCCAAACAAGAGAUUUGUCUUCCAUUAGUCAGUCUCAAAGUUAUUCAUCUGGUCACUCUCAGGGCUUAUCACCAGUUAGCCAGUCACAGGUUAGCUAUUCAUCUCAAUCACAAGUUUUGUCAGUUAGUCCUUCAGAAAGCUAUGCUUCAGGACAGUCUCUAGCCCUAACAGCCCCUUCUCUUUCAUAUUCCUCUGCCUCUCGAGCUCAGAAUUUGCCAGUGUCUAGCCCAACCCAGAAUUAUAUUUCUGCGCAUUCUUCCCAAAAUGCUCAGACUCCAGGGUCGUCAUCUCCCCAGUCCCAAAAAUAUUUGCCUGCUGCUCAGUUAACGUCUUUUGCAACUUCUACUCAUUGUCAGACAUUACAGAAUAGCUUACCUUCCCCUGAUCCAAAGUCUUAUUCCGAAAGAAAACUUGACUCAAAUGUGUAUACGUCUUCAAAGCAAGAAGAUGAUUUUCCAAUGCAAGAGUUACAGGUGUUACAGCCACAAACACCUCUUGAUUCAUCAACCCAAAGGCUAUCUGAUGGAGAAAUUAAUGCUCAAGAAUCAGCUUAUAAGGUAUCAAAGGCAGAUGAAAGGUAUUCUCAGAGUGUAAUCAGAAGUAAUUCUCGUCUUGAAGAUCAAGUUGUUGGGAUUGCUAUGCAAGGGUCAAAGAAAGAAGAAAACAUGGUUGGAGCUGUGACACAACUUAGUCAACAAAUUGGCCAAGCCAAUAAUACACCAGCCCUUGAUAUUAAAAAGGCAACUAAUUUAAUGCAAGCUCCACAAAUCAGAUUGAAUGCAAAAGACCUAAAUGAGCAACAUUCUCGUUUGCAUAAGGUCCAUGAAACCAAGAUCCAGGAACAGCAUGAUCAAAUAAUUAAUGCUUCAUCUCAGAUUCACAUUCCUACUCAUGUUUUAGGGCAUGGCCAUCAGGUGUCUGUUCCUAACACACAGGUCCUUUUAGACUCUGCUUGUGAUUUACAAAUUCUUCAGCAGUCAUUACUCCAGGCAGGUUUAGCACAAGUAAAGGCAUCUUUACAAGUACAGCGUGUUCAGAGUCCUCAACAAAUAGCACAUCCUUUCCUUCAAAUGGAUGGUCAUAUUAUUCAGAGCAAUGGUGAUCAACCUCAGCAGCAACUCCAUCCUCAAAAUUCCGAGAUUAUGAAAAUGGACCUCUCUGAGUCUUCAAAACCAUUACAACAGCAUCUAACCACAAAGGACCAUUUUAAUGAAACAAAUCAGAAUGAUUCAAAGAAUCAAUUUGUUUCUCUUGGAUCAAUAUGUUUUCCAGACACAAUGCUUCUUAGUGAUGAAAGAAAUAUUUUAUCAAAUGUAGAUGAUAUCUUAGCAGCCACAGCAGCAGCUUGUGGAGUUACACCUGAGUUUUCCAAGUCAGCUUCAAAUGAAACCAUUCAGGCUGUUGAAGACAGUGAUUCUAAAUCUCAUUUUCAGCAAGCAUUAGAUGUCAGGCAUGUGACUUCAGAUUUUAACUCCAUAACAGCCACAGUGGGAAAACCACAGAAUAUAAAUGAGAUUUCUUUAAAUGGAAGUCAGAUUACCAUAAACCUUUCACCAGUACCUACUCUUCAGUCAAAAAUGACUCUUGAACCAAAGCAUAUUGAAACACCUGAUCAAAAUAUAGCAUCUAAAAUAACUUCAUCAGUGGUUGGACCAAGUCAUGAAGGCCAGGAGCAAAUUUCUGGCAUUAUGAAAAAACAGUCUACUACCAAUCAUGAAUCUGAAGAAAAUAGUGAUGUUCCUGUUGAUAAUCUAUUAAAUAACAGGAACCAGGAGCUUGUCUCUAGUAGUAGAAGUGUAAGUGGAGAGAGUGCUGCAUCCGAGAGUGACUUUACCUUAGGGGGUGAUGACAGUGGUGUGCCAGUGAACCCUGAGAGGAGUGCACUUGCACUGUUGGCCAUGACCCAGCCUGGGGAUGCAAUCAGUGUCAAGACAGAAGAAGAAAAUCAGGACUUAAUGCAUUUUAACCUGCAAAAGAAAAAAGCUAAAGGAAAAGGGCAAAUUAAAGAGGAAGACAACAAUAAUCAAAAACAAGUGAAAAGACCUACCCAAGGCAAACGUCAGAAUCCAAGGGGAACAGAUACGUAUUUACCAUAUACUCCUCCUUCCUCAGAAAGCUGCCAUGAUGGUUAUCAGCAUCAAGAAAAAAUGAGACAGAAGAUCAAAGAAGUAGAGGAAAAACAGCCAGAGGUCAAGACAGGAUUUAUUGCCUCUUUCUUAGAUUUUCUGAAAUCUGGGCCCAAGCAACAGUUUUCUACUCUUGCUGUACGGAUGCCUAACAGGACUAGAAAACCAGGGACCCAGAUUGUUCGUACACUUUGUCCUCCACCACUUCCAAAGACUUUCUCCACAACACCCAUGUCAUUAGUGUCUGAAACAGGGAAUAAUAGUCCUUCAGAAAAAGUUGAUAAUGAACUUAAAAAUUUGGAACAUUUAUCUUCCUUUUCUUCUGAUGAAGAAGAUCCUGGAGUAUGCAGUCAUGAUAUUUACAAAAGUAUCUCUACUAACUUAACUGCUUUGGAUGCUGCUUCUGAUAAAAAGAAGAAAACAGAAGCCCUACAGGUGGCCACUACUAGCCUAACUACCAGUACUACUGGUACUGCUACUACUACUUCCACUACUGUGGGUACUUUUAAGCAAGAACCUCUCUACUCUACUUCAUCUACAGUAAACAUUCCAGAAAAUAUCAAGUCUACAGAACCCCCAAAACACGUCGAACAUGAUGGUCUUCCUUCAGAUCAGUUUGCUAAGGAACAAGACUCUGUUGCCAUAGAAGGUUGUACAGAUGAGGAGAACACAGAAAGCGGAGGAGAAGGCCAAUACAGAGAACGUGAUGAAUUUGUGGUAAAGAUCGAAGACAUAGAGACUUUUAAGGAGGCUUUAAAAUCAGGAAAGGAACCCCCAGCGAUUUGGAAGGUACAGAAAGCUUUAUUACAGAAGUUUGUUCCUGAAAUUAGAGAUGGGCAGAGAGAAUUUGCUGCAACAAAUAGUUACCUUGGAUAUUUUGGAGAUGCAAAGAGCAAAUACAAAAGGAUAUAUGUGAAGUUCAUUGAAAACACAAACAAAAAGGAAUAUGUCAGAGUGUGUUCCAAAAAGCCAAGAAAUAAGCCUUCACAAACUAUCAGAACUCUUCAGGCUAAACCAAACAGUAGCAGUAAAACAUCUGAUUCUCCAACACCAAAAGCUACAACUACAAAAACCCCUUCUAUGAAACCCAAAGUUAAACAGCAAAAAGUAAAGGCUGAACCACCACCAAAGAAACGGAAGAAAUGGAAAGAAGAAUUUUCAUCAUCCCAAUCCGAUUCAUCUCCUGAAAUCCAUUCUAGUAGUGAUGAUGAGGAAUUUGAUCCUCCAGCUCCCUUUGUCACUCGUUUUUUGAACACAAGAGCAAUGAAGGAAACCUUUAAGAGCUACAUGGAAUUGCUUGUUAGCAUCGCCUUGGACCCUGACACAAUGCAAGCCUUAGAGAAGAGCAAUGAUGAACUACUUUUGCCUCAUAUGAAGAAAAUAGAUGGCAUGCUGAAUGAUAACCGAAAGAGGCUUCUUUUGAACCUUCAUUUGGAUCAGUCAUUCAAGAAUGCUUUGGAAAGUUUUCCUGAACUGACAAUAAUUACUCGAGACUCUAAAGCCAAAAGUGGGGGAUCUGCUAUUUCUAAAAUCAAAAUGAAUGGCAAAUCUUAUAAUAAGAAAACUCUAAGGACUUCCAAAACAACUACUAAGACUGUACAAGAGUUUGCUGUAGAUCCAGAGAAAAUACAGUUGUAUUCUUUGUAUCAUUCACUCCAUCAUUAUAAAUAUCAUGUAUAUCUGAUAUGUAAGGAUGAGAUUUCUUCUGUGCAAAAAAAAAAUGAAGAUUUAGGACAGGAAGAAAUUGUUCAACUUUGUAUGAAAAAUGUAAAAUGGGUAGAAGAUCUAUUUGAAAAAUUUGGAGAACUUUUGAAUCAUGUGCAGCAGAAAUGUUCUUAAUGUUUCCACAAAAUUCCAUCUCAUAGCACUAGUGAAAUGGCAGAGGGGUGGUCAAAAAGAGGCUAGAUCUUCAGCUGAACGUUAAGCAGUGAUACACAGCUGUGCAUGCUGCCAUCAUGGGAUUUGCAUCAUAACCUCUGCUAAUGGACAGUGGUGCUGCCAAGAAAGGGAGUCAGUCCCAUCACAAUUUUAUCCGAAUGAAUGAUUUUUUCUAUUUAGUAAACCGUUGGGUAAAUUGAGUUUUACUUUCAGAAAUAUUUUUUUGAAGCAUGCAUUAAAUAUAAUUUUUCUUUAUUGCUGAAGAGAUAACACUUGAUUUUUUUCCUCCCUUACUCUGGCUAAACACCAGGAUGAUAGAGAAGUGGCAGAAAGCAUAUAUUUGCAUUGUCUUGCCACAAGAUGGAAGUAUUGUACAUUAUGUAAACAAAUCUGGUAUGACGUGACAUUCUGUAUGAGAAGAUCACCAAUUUAAAAUGUAAAAUUCAGAAA